UCCGCCGGCGCGUGCGCGGCGCUUCCCGCCAAAACCGGUGUGAGGGGAGCAGGGGUCUGGCCCGCCAUGAGCGGGACGGUGCUGCCUGGGACCCCCAUCGCCGUGGACUUCUGGAGCCUGCGGAGGGCGGCCGGUGCCCGCCUCUUCUUCCUGUCCCACAUGCACUCGGACCACACGGUGGGGCUAUCCAGCACCUGGAGCCGCCCGCUGUACUGCUCCCCGCUCACCGCCCGCCUCCUGCACCACCGCCUGCAGGUGCCGAUGUGCUGGAUCCGGCCGCUGGAGGUGGGGCAGAGCCAUGUCGUGGAUGAGGUGACGGUGACGUUGAUCGACUCCAACCACUGCCCUGGCUCUGUUAUGUUCCUCUUUGAGGGUACUUUUGGCACCAUCCUCUACACAGGAGAUUUCCGCUACACGAGUGCCAUGCAGGGUGAGCCAGCACUGAGGGGCCGCCACAUCGACCGCCUGUACCUGGACAACACCAACUGUCACCCUCAGCGGGCCCUGCCCUCGCGAGCGCUGGCCACCCGCCAGGCUGCCCACCUUAUCCGUGCCCACCCGCAGCACCACGUGGUCAUUGGUGUGUACACCCUGGGCAAGGAGACGCUGCUGAUGGACCUGGCGCUGGAGUUCGGCACGUGGGUGGUAGUGAGCCCGUGGCGCCUGGAGCAGAUGCGGCUGCUGGAGCUGCCGGAUGUAUUCACUGCCGAGGAGGGCGCGGGCUGGAUCCGCGCCGUGGAUGUUGCCGAGAUCCGCUGGGACACGCUCGUCACCUGGAACACACUGCACCCCACCAUUGCCAUCAUUCCCACCGGCAGGCCCAUGAAGGUCACCCACCCCAACAUUCACCUCAUCCCAUACUCGGAUCACUCAUCCUUUGCAGAGCUGCGUGAGUUUGUGAAGUGGCUGAAACCCUGCUCCAUCAUUCCCAUUGUGAAGGGUGACAUGUGCCAGGUUUACUUUCAGGAAUUCCUGAGCUCUGCUCCCCAGGUACUUCCCGACUUCAAAGUCUCAAAGGCUGUGCAAGAGUCUGGACAGUGGCAAAGCCAAAGGAGGAGGCAGAAACACACAAAUCUCUGGAAAAGAGCCCCAUGGCGUUCUGUGCCCCAAGGGGUCGUUUAUGAGUCCCCAGAGAAAAAUAGUGAGAAACCUGAAACGUUCACAGAUAUUAAGGUUCCUCAGCACUACUGUGAUCCAGUUCUCUGCUCCAAAGAAGGCUGCACUUGCCACAAGGGUGAGAAGGAAGAGCUGAGUGGGGAGCAGCUGGGAAGAGGAGGGGCAGCACCUGUUUCCAGUGAGCACCUUGCAACUAGAUUUGCAGAGCAGUAUUUGCUCACUCCCUUAAAUGUCCUAAAGCAGAAUUCCUCACAGACAUUUGAUCAACUAGUAGAAGACUUUUUUAGGACGGGAGACACACCCUGAAAAAUUGUGUGACAUUGCUGGUGCCAGUGCAGCAGGUAGCAGUAUUCCGUUCUGCUCCAUGCUCAGGUUUCCCAUUAGGAGAGAGGAGCUCAGCUCUGGGACUGUCUUUACCUCUUUAUAGAGGGCAAAGAGGAAACUAGAACCAGAUUUUAGACGGUACAUCUUAAAAACUUAUUUAUUUUUUUAUGUCUAUAUCUGCUGUGUCCCCACACUAUGCUGGGAGCUGUGGUCCCACCAUCUGUGUGCCUUGUGUUCACCUUUCACAGUGACUUGUCUGUCCCCUCUUAGAAAAGUCAGUGAGAGGUUGAUUCAAGCAGAGCUGCAGAGGGUGUGAGGUGUCUGCAGCUGAGUAAUUGAUGGAAUGUGAUGAAAGGAGCAAGGGGGGAAUCUGAGAGCCUCAAAGAUUCUCCUUUCUGUAAGUCUGUGAUACCUCGCUAACUAUGAGUUCAUUCCAAAGUGAAUUAAAAAAUGUUCUGUAUUAAGGUGCUUUUUAAAAGUGCUGCCUAAAGAAAUACACAAAAUGAAGCGCCUUAAAGUCCAAUAAUCUGUUUUCUGUUACUCUACUAAUACUUUCAGCUUUUGCAUCCAGCCAGCCAACUGCAGCUGGAUGUAGUCCUGCUCUCCUGAAAGUGCCAUCUCAACACUAGUUAUCAGUGCUUUUUCAGGUUUGUGGCUAGGAAAAGUAAGAAUUGUCUGGGUUCUUGAGUUGUAGGCUUUGCAGAGUGGAUCACUAAAUCCUCUUCAGUGUCUGCUCUCAGCCUUGCACCUCUGAAUUCUGUUUGACUGCAGAGCACUCCUGGUAACUGCCAGUGUUCUGCCUUCCCAUUCUGCCUGCUCUUGCCCUUCAGUGGCAAUUGGAAUGGGAGAUAAUGAAACAUCUGCUUGGUGGUGUGAUCAGUCUGAGCAGCAUUGUUUGGAAAGAUUGUGACUGAAGAGCAGAACUGUCUCUGUUAGAGAUUUGGCACUUUACCACUCUGCAUCAGCUGCAGAGCCCCACCCUGACAGAGCUGGGAAGUGUCUGUAGUGUGACAAACCAGUGGGUACCCCCUACAGCUGACUGUGCCAAACAGCACUGCCAGUGUUUCAGACUGGCCCCUCAUAUGGUCAGGGCAGCUGGAGUGGAAAUGGUAACUGGAUGCAGUCCUGGAAUAACAAAUCAGUUUUUUCCUCAGCUCUUGAUCCUCCUUUUGUUACUUUCUAGGCAAAAUGUUUCAAAAUUUUCUGAACAUAGUGUCCUACAGGGCCUUUCCAAGCUGCAGCUACAUGGGUUGAAUUCCCUGAAUUGAGCCAGAAAAUGAAAUUUGCUCUUGGAGUAGAGCCAGACUGUGUGAAACUCAAAGGUGCCCCUGGAUGCAGCAGUUGCAGCAGUCACAAACAGGGCUGUCUGGAACAGUGAGAGUGUUGACAGCCAGAGUGGGGAUGUUUGGAGAGCUGUUUGUUUGGCAAACAUGCAUCCUGAUUCCCAACCCUGUGCUUUCCCAGGCAUGGCAAUAUCUAUCCCUGUUACAUAAGGAGUGCCUGUCCCUGGGACUGCUGUGGGUCCUAUGUCCUGCUGCUUGGAGUUUUCUGUGUGGAUUAUUUCUUAAUCCAAAUUCAACUGCAGAGCUCUGUCAGGUGGGUGUGAGUGGAGACACCUGCAUGUUUUGUAACAUGGAAAUGAUAGUGCUGUGCUUAUAGUGUGCUGGCUACUGCUGCUGCCUGGGAGAUGCAGGCUGUUAUUUAAAUAUUGUUGAAAUUCAAGUGACUCAUUCGACAGGCAGGGGAGUGAAGCGCUGCCUGAGCUCCCAAAUUCCAUGUCCUGCUUUGAGCAGCCUCUCCGCUGCUGGGGAGGAACGCUCACUUUCUGAGUCACUGCUCCACUUGGGCAUGUUGCAAACGACCUGGGAGAUCUGAUGUUUUGUGGCAUCCAGUCUUUCCUCUUUUAUUCUUAUCAACCAUUUAUUAAAGUAAAUGGAGAACCUCCUGGUCAGCCUCUGGGCAAAAAUGAAUUGUAAAUGGUAAUUCUUUACAGAGGUAAAUCUGAGCUUUAAUCAUGCACAAAGAAGUGAACAUUGCAGACUUCAGAGUCUGGGGAUCUGCAUCCUAUUUCUGUGUCCUCAGUUAAAGCUGCAGAAUAGAACACUGGCAUCACUUUCUAGAGCUGAAAAGGUAAUUCCUGCCACUUGAGGAGGGAAUUAUCCAUCAUACAGAGCCAAGGAAAUGUAAAAUCUCUAUUGGCUUUAAAAGGCAAUGGAAGCAGGAGAGACUUGACUAACAGUCAGUUUGUUGGAGACCUUUGCCUCAUCACAGCAGGUGCACAAGGCAUUUUAGUACCAAACAUUUCUUCCCUGUUAGGUGUUUAGGAUAGCACACAAAAGUAUUAUUUAAAAUGCUGGAAAAUAAAAUGUGGCAUUAUGGGGAAAACUGGAAUUGCUGACUGUUGGAGCUUCUGGACAUCCUUCAGCUUCCCAUAAAGAUGGGUUUAGUGAUGGGCCUGGCUAUGCUGGGUUAAUGGUUGGACUCUGUGAUCUUAAUUUAAUUUUCCAACUUAAAAGAUUCCAUGAAGUCUCCUGGCAGUGAAUAUUCAGCCUCUCACAGGCCUUGUUCUCCCUCACACUUGUGUCCAUGAUUUCCUAUUUUCCUGCCCCUCAGCCUGUCUCAGGGAGCAGCUGAGAGCUGGAAUGUCAUGGAGAGCAGGCUCUGAGCCUCCUGCUCCCAGCUCACCUGCACUGCUGCCCACAGGUGUGUUUUGCUCACAACAGUGACAAAGAGGAGCUGCAACCCAGUAUUGGCUUCACUGUAGGGGAUCUGAGGGCUACAUGCUUGGAAACUUCAGUUAUCCUGGCAGGGAGCAGAACGUGCUCUGAGCAAAGUCCUCCCAAAUCUAUACACACAGAGCAUGUUCCAGCUGCUUAUCUCUGCUCCACAGUUGGGAACCAAGCCCCAGUGGGGGGAAACAGCUCAGCCAAGGCCUUGCAGAGGAACAAGGAACGAGCUGAGUUCCCUUUGGCAAGUUUUCAGUAAUGUUUUACCAAGCUGUGAUCAAAUGCUGGCUUGUUGUGAGGGCAGGUUCUGGAGCAGAGCUGCUUGGGGAGGGUCAAUCACUGCACUGUGAACAGCUCAGUUGGCUCUAACUUCUCUAAACACUAGGAAAGCAUGAGGGAGUGCCCAGUUUAUGCUGUGGAGAGGGGAAAUUUACUUUCUAGGUUGUUGUUGGGAGGCUGAGGUAAAACUUGCCUGUCUCCUGUGUUCCACAGAAACAAGAGUGUAAUGUCAUCUUGCAGGGAACACCCCAGAGUGCUGCUGGGUUGGGUUUCUGACUCUGCUUCCCCAAUUACAAGGCCAAAGCUCUUCCAACAACUUCUCUCUUCCCUGCUGCAGAGUGGCUUUCUGUUCCUGCAGCACAGGGGCUUCUUUCCUAAUUAAAAAAACUGCAAUGGUGAAAGCUUUCCUUCAUCAGGAAAUGAAUGAGUUUACAUAAUUACCUCUACAGUGUGUUGUCACUUAGGGCUAAUUCCAAAGCCUGAAAUCUCUUUGUGCUUUUUUAUGGAGUCCUCUGAAAAGGUAUUAGAACAUGUUGAAAAGGUUGAGUCAUCUUGAUAAUCAUGUGAGGUGCUGCCUUCAAGUGAGCUCCUGUGGAUGUUCUGUGGGUGUUUGUGAUUCCUUCUGCUCAAUUUGGGAUGUUUGCCACAGCCACUGCUGUGCUGAAGUUUUUCUGGCUGUGGCUUUGCCCUUGGCCAAACCCCAGCCUGAGGCACAAGCAGCCAUGGGUUGUGCAAUAAAACCUUUGGGACAGACCUUGACCAGGAGCCUCUUGGAGGCUGGGACUUCCUGAGCAGAUGCUGGGGAAGGUGAGACUCAUGUUCCAUGCUGUCUUGGAGGUCACGGUGAGAGCUGAGAGCAAGAGAGCUGAGUCCUCCAUGCAGGACUGAGACCUCCCUGUCCAAGGUACAGAGUUCCUUAACAGUGUUUUGCUGGAGGGGGUUUAUACUUGUGCUGCUGUUCAUGUAAACAGGCAGCUGUGAGAGUAUCUGAGGUUUUCCUACAAUUGUGGAAUGGUUUAGGUUGAAAGAGACCUUAAAGAUCAUCAAGUUCCAAACCCUGCCAUAGGCAGGGACAACUUCCACUACACCAGGUUGCUCCAAGCUCUGCCCACCCUGGCUUUAAACACUUCCAGGAAUGGGGCAGCCACAGCUUCUCUGUGAAUCUGUGCCAAGACCUUACCACCCUCUGAAUAAGGAAUUUUUUUCCAAUAUCUAAUUAAAUCUACUCUCAGUCUGAGUUUUGGUAAUUUGUAAUUGUUAUUUUUAAACAUUCAAAGAAUCUUGUAAACUUUUGCAAGAAAGCCAAUAAACAUCUCUGUAACGCUGACUUUGGAAAAGUCUGAAUUGAGACAUGGUGGAGUUCUUGAGUUGAUGGUGACUGGAGUGGACUAAAUCCGUUCUUGGAAGCAUUUGACCUGGUGCCACCUCCCUGCUCCAGCAGGGCCAUCCCAGAGCAGAUGGCACCGGCUCAUGUCCAGAUGGGUCUGGAAUAUCUCCAGUGAGGGAGGCUCCACACCCUUUUGGACAAUCUGUUUCCUCACAGGAAAGUUCUUCCUCACGUUCAGGUGGAGCUUCCUGAGCGUCUGUUCCUGCCUGUUCCUCUGGUGCCAUCACUGGGACCCCGGAGCAGAGCCUGGGCCUUGCUCUGACACCCAGAGCGCGGCCCGGCUGAGCUCCCUAGGCCCGGCACUGCCCGGCCCGGCCUGGUUGCCGGUGCUAUCCUGUUCGGUUCCCGGCCCGGCCCGGUUGCCGGCGCUGUCCCGUUGCGUGGC